AUGGACUCCAAGGGGGUCGCCGCCUUCGACGUCGUCCUCCAUGACGGCUCGCCCAACGUCGGCGGCGCGUGGGCGCAGGAGGCCACCGCGCAGUCCGCGCUCGUCAUCGACGCCGUUCGCCUGGCCACCGUGUUCCUCGCCCCCAAGGGCACCUUCAUCACCAAGGUCUUCAGGUCUCAGGAUUACAGUGCUAUCAUGUUCUGCCUGAAGCAGCUGUUUGAUAAGGUCGAGGUGACUAAACCUAGAGCGAGUCGCGGCACAUCCGCUGAAAUUUACAUCAUCUGCCUGAAGUACAAAGCCCCCGCAAAGAUUCAACCAGAGCUUCUGGAUAUCAAGCACCUGUUCAAUGUGGAUCCAGAGAAGAGCAUGCCUACGGAUGUACUUGAUCCUAAGAAUGCAAAGAAGAGAACUCGUGGCGGGUAUGCGCCUGGAGUCACGGUACUGGAGAAAGUCGGUCUGGCAUCAGAUUUUAUAUGGUCCGAAGUGCAGAAACCCCGGGAUUUUCUGGGUUCUUUUACUAAGAUUUCAUUUAAUGAUCCUGCAUCUCUGCCUAUCAAGAACCAUGAGCUCACCACAGAUGAGGUAAAAUACCUUUGUGAGGAUUUGCAGGUGUUGGACAAAAAUAGCUUCAAGCAUAUCUUGAAGUGGCGCACACGCAUAAGGAAAGCGCUGCCAUCAUCUUCGCAGGUUACACCAAAGGUCAAAGAUGAUGUUCAGCUUUUACAGGAAAUGGAAGAAAUGGAUUCUGAUGAAGAACACCAACUGGAGGAGAUGCUUGAUGAAGCUUAUGUGCGUUAUGUGACCAAAAAGGGUGAAGAAGUACAACAAGAACACAAACAUGCCAAGCAAAUCGAUCCUGAUGCUGAUGCAGGUUUGUUAGAGGGAGGUGAAGAUGAUGGUGGCGACAUUGGCAUGGAUCAAGGUUGUAAUGAAGAUCAAGACCAAGAGACUAGCCCCCUUUUAUUAUGUCUAGAUACAGAGAAGCCAACAGAAGAGCAAGAUUGUAAAGCAGUGGUUCAGUCAGGAUGUGUUCGCAGAAGCAGGAAGAAGGGAAGGAGUGGCAAAGGAGGCACCAAGGGAGGGCAAGGGAAGAUGGGAAGAGAAACAGUGAAUGUUCCGAAGACCAAGAAUACCUACUGGAACUGCAAGAACAAGGAGUGCAGCAAGCACACCCUUCACAAGAUCACUGAGUACAAGAAGGGUAAGACAGCCUGUCUGCCCAGGGAAAGUUUCGUUUAUGACAGAAAAGUGUCCUGUAUUCCACAGGAAGGCGAAAACCGCCAGGAAUAUUGUGCUGAAGCUGCAGUGCCAGAGCUGCAGGCACUGCUCCCAGCGCAGCAUCAAGAUCUGUUCCUUUUCUCUUGA